AUGGGGAUCCAUGGUCCUCGGGGACCCUACUCAGCACUAUUGCUCCUGCUGCUGCUGCUGCUGCCUCCCCCACUUUUUAAAGCAGGAAGUUUCCAGCACCCAGGACCUCGCUGGAGAAUCUUCAACCAUCUGGGCCAUGGCUUUAAAAAGGGCCACUACCGCCGUGGCCCAGGCACCAGGCAUCAGUGGCGCCAGGGGCAGACCGAUAAGGGUUGCCAGGGCGUACUUGACCUCUACUUCAUCAUAGACAAGUCAGGCAGCGUGAACAACAACUGGAUUGACCUCUAUAUGUUUAUAGAGGACAGCGUGAAGAAGUUCCAAAACCCAAAUACACGAAUUUCCCUCAUCACCUACUCUACUGGUGCCGACAUCAUUUUGCCACUCACCGCAGACAGAGAUGACAUAAGGAAGGGUCUUUCAAGACUGCAGAGACUAAUACCUGAGGGGCAUACAUUCAUGCAGUAUGGAUUUAAAAAGGCAAUUCAGCAGAUGAAACAAGUCAGUGCUGCAGAUGAAAAGGUUACCAACAUGAUUAUCGCUGUGACUGAUGGAACACUGAUGCCACAUGCAAUGCAGGAGACUCUAGUUGAAGCUCAGAAGGCUCGGGAUUUGGGGGCAACUAUUUACACUGUGGGCGUGGCCGAGUAUGACAGUGAUCAGAUAAAAGAAAUCGCAGACAGCGAAGACCAUGUAUUCGGAGUAGAAAAUGGCUUCAAAGCCAUGAGAGGCAUUGUUGAUGAGCUCACUUCAAAGACCUGUAUUGAAAUCACAUCUGUGGAGCCUACCACCGCAUGUAAGGGAGAACCCUAUGAAGUGAUUAUUCAUGGAAAAGGUUUUCAGAAUACAAAGGGGCAGGACGAAGUUAUUUGCAGAUUCACUUUUGGCGAGGACAAAGUUGUUGAUGAAAAACCAGUCAGUAUGGAUGCAACCACCAUCACUUGCCCUGGACCAAAGAUAAAAGAUUCUGGAGAAAAGAUCAGUGUUUCAGUCAGCCUGAACAAUGGCCACAUCUUCCAUUCAAACGAGGAAGUCACCGUCACCAGCACCGAUUGCGAAUUUGAUAUUCCAUACUGGGUCUGGUUUCUGCCCCUGCUGCUGCUGCUCCCACUGCUGCUGUGGUUGUGUUGGCGUCUGUGCUGUAAGAAGACCGUCAAGGAGCCACCACCUGAGCCAGUAAAGAAGCCAAAACCACCUCCUCCACUGCCACCUCCCCCACCGCCACCACCAACAUGCCCCACAGUGGUUGUCUGUUGCUCUGGGUGCCACGAAGUGUGCGCAGCAUGCGGGAUGAGAAGUCCAAAGGACAAUUUGCAUCACUUGUGCAACCUUGUUCGGCCAAACUGCAGCAAAUUGCCAUUCGUGUGUUAUCCACGCAAGGUCAAGGCACGACACCCCAGUUUAGCCCUGAUGCAGCCCCGAUCUGCACCCUGCAACCCAAAGAUCAGCCUUCCCUCCUGCCAGGAGCGCUGCCCUACCACCUACUCGUCCAAGUGCCACCCCAUCACCAGCUUGUCCAAGUGCCACCACCACCCAGUCAGGUGCCCAAGGGCUCCCUCCAGGAUGUUGCCGAUUCUCAGUCCAUCUUCCUAGGCACCCUGAAAAUCCCCUAUAUGCAUCCCACCCCCAUAGCCCAACCUCUAAGUCACCAAACACUCAUGAUUGACAGGCUUUUAUCUGCUGAAUUGGACAUGUACAUUAAGUCUUGGUUUCUGAUCAAAGGAGUUGGAAUUUGUUGCUGAUCAGCCAAAGAAUUUGUCCCCUGGGGAGCCUGCUCCACAUGUGAGAUGUAUUUACACUGCACCUGCCAGGACAGCCAGCCUGGGGUCCUGUGGGUGCUGGGCACAAGCCACAUAGGCUCAAACUCAUGGGGCCACAUUUUUCUCCGGAG